CUUCUGCGAGGCUUACGGACCGCUCCGCACCUACGCAUCACCCUCCCGCUCCGUGUCUCAGCAACACCACCUCGCCGCCGCACUCACCUCCACUUGGCAUUCCCUCGGACCGCUCGGUCCACUCCCCUCCCCCUCUCCCCACCCUCAACUGCCUCCCCACCAUGGGCCGCUGGGGCGACCCACCACCCACACCCAUACACGGGCACAAGCGCCGACGCGAGAGCAGCAUCGAGGACAGACCCCUUGCAAUUACAUGCACGCCGUGCCGUGCGCGCAAGAUCAAAUGCGACUCGACCAAACCCACAUGCGAUAAUUGCGCCAAGAACCCCGCCGAGUGCGUGUACCCUAUCAAGCUCAAGCCCGGGCUGCGGCCCGGCACUGGUACGGACAUGACGAAGCGCAUCGAGGCGCUCGAAGAGCGUGUCGCGGAGCAAGCGGCACGGCUGGCGGAGCACGAGGCGCGCUUCGCCUCGCUAUCGCAGGCGCAGGCACAGGUGCAGCCCAAGCCUGCCGCGGCAUCCGGCUCCGCCGCGGCCCCCGGCCCCUCCGUCUCCCCCUCGACGUCGCAGUGGCUCUCCGCGGGCGAGCUGCUCACGCCCCUCCCCUUCGCAGGUGCGACGCCCAUCAUCUCGCCCGACAUGCCGCUCGACCUAGGCUUCGGGGGCACGUCUCCCGGCGCGGGCAGCACGACGAGCUUUCUCGACCCGCACCUCCUCCCUCCAGACGACAUAGUGCGCGACCUCAUCGCGCUCUACUUCUCGCACAUUGCACCGUGGGCCCCCAUCUUGCGUCCUGCGACCUACGCGCCCCCCUGGCCGAUUACGGUAUACGCGAUUGUGGUGGUCACGCUCCGCCUGUCCUCGGACCCCCGCCUCACCUCCUCGCGGCAGCAGUACUGGCGCGCAGCCAAGUCGCACGUCCUCUCGCACGCGAUCGAGAGCACCUCCAUCGCGUCCGUGCAAGCGCUUGCGCUGCUUGCCCUCGACCUUAUAGGCAGCGAGCAAGGCCCGAGCUCGUGGGGCAUCCUCGCGCUGCUCACGCGCUCGGCCGUGCAUCUCGGCCUGAUCAGCGAGGACGAGCGGCGCGCGCCGGCGCACAGCCUAUCGAGGACGAGCAUCAUCCCCCCGCCCGCGGAUUGGGGGGAGGACGAGAGCCGCAGGCGCCUGUUUUGGCUGAUAUUUUGUCUCGAUCGAUACGCGUGCGUCUCGACAGGAUGGGACUUUGCGCUCCCCGACUUUGAGAUCAAGCGGCGCUUGCCGUGCGCCGACGAGCUGUGGGCUGGGAGUGAAUGGCACACCACCCCGCUCUACACCCCCGUGCUGCACCGCGACGCGCCGCCCAACCCCGCGCAGCUCAGCCCAAUGGCAUACCUCGUCGAAGCGCUAGAUCUGCUCGGGCGCGCGCACACGCUGCAAACGCGCACGGUGGAGCCGAGCGACGCGCGCGAAGUCGAGCACCGCAAAGACAUGACGAUGACGCUCACAUCCGCUGCGCGGCGGUGGUUCAGCGACCUCCCGCCGCUCGAGGCGGGCAGCAUGAGUCUUGUGAUCCAAGCAAUCUACCACGCAACCCUCCUCAAACUGAACGCAUACUACGCCUAUCCCGCGCUGGGCACGGGCACGCCGCCCCAGCCCUUCGGGGACACAUGCAUGGCGUCCGCGCACGCGCUCGCGCAUCUCUGCAGCGCGGCGCGCGACCUCGGAUGGCGCAAGGCCAGCUCGCCCCUCUUCAUAUGGAGCACGUGGGUCGCGGCCCGCGUGCUUUUCGUGCACGACUUUGUCGCGCACCGCGACGCACCAUGUGCCGAGUUUGAGGAGAUCCUCGCGGCGUUGAAAGAGCAGGCGCCGUAUUGGAGUUUGGCGAACCAAUACACCAAACUCCUCGAACGCGCCAAGCGCAAGUGGGCGGCGGGGAGCGCGUACGAUGCCGAGGCUAACCCCUCCCUCCCGGACGCAAUCCACGUCCUCCUCGACCUCCGGCGCACGGCGUAUUCUGCCGUCGGCGCGAAGGGCGAGGCGACGCCGUACGUCUCCCCGCCAGACGUCAGCCUCAGCCACCUCCCGGCAUGGGCUGUCCAGCCGCUCCUCGGCGACCUGCACAACUGGUUCGACCUGCCCGCGGGAUUGUUCACCGAGGGAGGAUAGUCGACAUAUAUAUGUUA